UUCCAGCUCUAUUAUUCUGUCAUUUCAAUUAAGUCCAGUGAUUCACUUAACUGUAGCAAAAUAAUGCUCCCACCCUCCAGGCCUUCGGCAAUAGUCAGUUGGCUUGGGGCCCCAGUGGGGGAUUAUCACACUGGAGGUAGUUCAAUCAGAAUAGAGCUGGAAGAGACUUUGGGGGUCAUCUAGUCCAACCCCAUGCUCAGGCAGGAAACUCUACACCAUUUCAGACAAGUGGCUGUCCAGUCUCUUCUUAAAGACUUCCAGCCAAAGCCUCUGGAGGGAAGCCGUCCCACUGGUGCUUUGGAAAAUGGGUUGACCAAUAGAAGAUCCCACCCUGCACAUCCUGUCCCCUCCCUCUGCAUCUUUAAUUAUAAUUAUAUUUUUAUUGCUAUUAAAUAAUAUUUAUUUCCCACAUUUUACUGUUUGUAAUGUUGUAAGCCCCCCGACUCGCCUGUGGUGAGAUGGGAGGGCCAAAUAAACUUAAUAGAUACGUACCUGGGCGCAGCUCAUUUAACAACUGCCUUGCUGGGCACAGCAAAUUCUGCUCCCAGUUAUGGCCAUAAGCUGAGGAGCGCCUGUGGCCUGCCUGCUUUCAGAGGCCGCCCCUGGGCUGAUGGGCUCAGUGGUCUUAGUUUGCCCUUGGGAUCCGGUCGGGAGAUAGGGAUGGCACAAAGCGAGGAGAAGCCGCUGCUGGAUCGGAGGCCACUUUGCUGUCCAAAUAUUGUCAAAAGGCUCUAAUGGCUGCUCAAGGCCUGGGCCUCUUGCCCCCUCCCCGCCCCCUCCCCAGAAUGCAAGAGGUCGGGUGGGAAGAGGCUUCAGCUGCACCUUCCUAUCAGGCCAGGGGGGCGGAGGCACCAGAAUCAGCCCCUGCCUGGCAGGCCCCCUUCCUGCCCCCUUCAGAUGUUGCAGGUGGGGAUCCAGGCAGAAGGCAAGCUUCGUGCCCCAAGGAGUGAAGAAGAAUGGGAAAAGUGGAAGACUGUGCCACCCUCGUGCCCAGUGAGCACCUGCCUUUGUUGGCCCAGGCGGCCCCUAACGCCACCUACCUGAGCCAGCAGGAAGUGGCCGAGCAGGGCAGUGCCGCCCCCUGGCCCGGACUCCGCAAAGCCCUGAUCAGCCUGCUGGGCGGCCUCUUUGCCUGCCUGCUGCUCCUGGCCGUGGCCCUGCUCCUCUCCCUGCCCCGACCUAGCCCACCCCUGGGCUGGUGGCAAAAGGCCGCCUUCUAUCACCUGCCCCCCUCCUCCUUCCCGGACUCCGAUGGCGAUGGGUGGGGAGACCUGGCAGGCAUCAGGCAGCAGUUGGACUGGCUGGUAGCCCUGCCCAUCCAGGCCUUGGUGCUGGGCCCCGUCCUUGAAGGCAGAGGGGCCAACCUGAGCCAGAUCGUUCCUGCCCACGGAUCGCUGGCACAGUUGCAAGCUCUGGCGAGAGAUGGGCGCAAGAGAGGAAUCCGAAUCCUGCUGGAACUUCCACCUUGGGAAGAAGAGGGGGACCCAACAACUGAGAGCAAUCAAACAGCCCAGCUCUUCAAGGAGGCCCUACAGUUUUGGCAGUCCAAAGGUGUGCACGGUUUUUUGGUGGCCAAGGACCCUGCCUGGCGCCUCCUCACGGUCUUGAGUGCCUGGGGCGCCCUUGAUGACCGGAGGCAGAGCGAUCCACGGGAGGAGGGGGCCCUCAUCGUGUGGGACCGGAGUGAGACCUGCAGCACUUCUCACAGGAUGCCCAGCAGGGUCAUCCUCACCUGCCACUUGCCUGGAACCCAGAAAAAUCUCUCUGCUCAGGCGCUGCUGCAACUGGCACAGGGAUCCCUGCAGCUCCCGGGCACACCGUGGCCCAGCUGGGCAGUGCCCAGGGGACUCUCGCCCAUCGGGGGCUGGGAAAAAAUCCUUGGGGUGCUGCUCUUCACCCUCCCAGGAGUGCCACUGGUGCAAGGGGGACCAAGAUCACCGCUUCUGCUGGAGUCCGAGCUGAGGGAAGGAGAGCCCCGCAGAGCCCCGCUGGCAGGCCUGUACCAGUCCCUCCUGGAAUUGCAUGCAAAGUCCUUCUCCUUACACGACACCGACUUCACCCUGCUACCCCUGCCCAGCCACGCUGAGGACCUGGUGGCUUUCCUCCGGCCAGGCGCCUGCUCCAGCCUCCUGGUGAUCCUCAACCUGGGAAACCAGCCCACCCAACUCCGCCUGACAGAGCUCAGCUUCCCGGGGCAGGCCAAGGUGGUGCUCAGCACCCAUGCCACACCCCAGAAAAACGCCAACGUGGAGGUGGUCAGCUUGGUGCCCCAGCAGGCCCUCCUGCUCCAGGUGCCUCGAGGAUACCAGCCGUGAAGGGCAGCCACGGAACUCAGCCAACUGGCAGCUCGCAGAAUAAGAAUGGGAACUGUUGCUGACCCCCACAUGCACCCGGUGGUGGGGUUUGGGGCAAUGUAUGUGAUGCUCCUGCCCGACUGGCUGCUGUACUUGCCUUCUGCAAAUUAGUAAAGUUGCUUGACCUCAUUGAUUUUGAGGGAUCUGCACAGUUAAUUCCAGGGAGGAUGCUCUGCCCCCCAUAUUUGCAAUGAUGUGUGUUCUGAAACCACAAACGUGGGU